CGGAUAGUUUAGGAGUAUAGUAGUUGGAAAUAUCGUGAUUGGAGGCUGAAGCGCUCAACUAACCCAAAAAACAUAGUGACUCGCCGCUGAAAACACGGCGGCACGGCGAACCUGGUAUCCCCCACAGCCGCACUCCACAAGAUCUAUAAAUCUCCUCUGCCUUCAACGCCAUCACUUCAACCUGCACACUACAUCCCUUAUCCAAAUCCCCAGCGCUAGAUUUUCUUCGCUCGGUCCCAGCCCUCUCUCUGGCUUACAACCCACGCGAGGAAGAGCUGAGAAGUGGCAAUGGAGUGGAAAAGGGGGCCAAUCCCGAUUCAUACGCGACAGAGAAGUGGGGGUUCCAGUAACACGGCCUCGUCUUCACCGGCGAUUUCAACAGGUCACCACCGCUCAUCCUCGCUAACGGUUGCCGGCGCCGGGGGAAUGUCGACGAUUAAGAGGACGCAGAAUGUGGCGGCGAAGGCGGCGGCCGCGAGGCUUGCGCAGGUGAUGGCGUCGCAGAGCACGGCUGAUGAGGACGACGAGCUUCCUGCCGCAGCGGCGAUGGCGGGGCUUAGAAUUGCAACUCGGUCGACUGGAACUAGCAAUGGCGUCGCUGCAGGCGGGCCGAUGUUGGAGAGUGGGAACACUCCGGGCAGAUCUUCUUCGCCUGCGUCUUCUCAGAAUUUUGUGCACGGUUCAUCUGUUCGUUCAACGUCUAUUGGAAGGCUGCCCAUCUCAACAUAUUCGACACCUCUUGUGCCUCCAGCAUUUUCGUCUCCUCUUGUGCCCCCAACACUUUUGCCCCCAAGUAAAACUUUGAAAACUCCAUCUCCCAUUCCACCAAUUGAUCUACCUGCUCCUAAGCCUGCACAGAGAAGAUUAUCAGCUGAUAUCGGGCAUCUAAAUCCCAAAGAAAAUGGAAUCGAUCGUCAGGCUUCUGCACUUCAAGAUGAGCUUGAUAUGCUACAGGAAGAGAAUGAAAAUAUGAUUGAAAAGUUACGGCAUGCUGAAGAGAAACGUGAGGAAGCUGAGGCACGAACCAGGGAGCUUGAGAAGCAGUUUUAUUUGCAGGUUGCUUCUCUAGGAGAAGGGGUAUCCUUGGAAGCCCGGUUACUUAGCAGGAAGGAGGCAGCUCUUCGCCAAAGGGAGGCUUAUCUUAAAGCUUCCAGUCAAAUGAAUGAUGGGAGAGAUGGGGAAAUAGAAGCUCUUCGGCAAAUGGCGUUGUCUGUCAAAGGGGAGGCUGCUACUGCUGUUGAAAAACUCAGAGAAACUGAAUGUGAAGCAAAGGCUCUUCACACCAUGACAAGAAGGAUGAUAUUGACUGAAGAAGAGAUGGAAGAGGUGGUGCUCAAGCGAUGUUGGUUAGCUCGCUAUUGGGGUCUAGCAGCUCAGCAUGGUGUCCAUCUAGACAUUGCGGCAUCCAAAUAUGAGUACUGGUCCUCACUAGCUCCCCUCCCGCUCGAAGUUGUUAUAUCUGCUGGACAAAAGGCAAAGGAAGAAUCUUCAAAUAAAGGAAAUGAAAACUCUGGGAGAAAUAAACUGGUACGUGAAUUAAAUGAUAUAGCUGGAGAAGGCAACAUUGAGAGUAUGCUUUCUGUUGAGCAGGGUUUGAGAGAACUUGCAGCAUUGAAGGUGGAGGAGGCUGUUGUGCUUGCAUUUGCUCAGCAACGACGUCUAAAUUUACACCGGCACCUUGCGUCUGAUCUUAAAUCACCCGGUGGUGAUCCAAAGUUCAUGGAUGCCUACGAACUAAGCGACGAGGAGUCUGAAGAUGUUUUGUUCAAAGAGGCAUGGCUUACAUAUUUCUGGAGAAGAGCCAAAUCCCAUGGCGUGGAUGAAGAGAUUGCGGAUGAAAGGCUACAGUUUUGGAUUGGUCGCUCAGGUGAAUCCCCUACUUCUCAUGACGCGGUUCAUGUUGAAGGAGGUCUGUUGGAGCUGAGAAAACUUGGCAUUGAGCAGCGACUGUGGGAAGCUUCUCGCAGUGAGAUGGAUCAUAGCUCUUGAACACAAUUGCUCAUCUAAUGUUAACUACUCUUUUGUGUAUUAUUAUCUUUUUUUUUAAUUAACAUAUAAGUAUAAUAGCUUGUUUGUUGAGCAUUU